UCCCUCUCUUAUAUAAACCCGUUCGUAGGGUUCUGGCAGUUCACGUUCAUAUCGAGAACCAGAGACCUCCUCUGUCUCUCUCUCUCUCUCUCUGAAUCCUUCUGAUCUCGCUUCUCUUUGGUCAAGGAAACCCUAUUCCUCGAUCUGCCGGGUAAGAUGAGAGAAAUCCUUCACGUUCAGGGAGGCCAAUGCGGGAACCAGAUCGGUUCCAAGUUCUGGGAAGUGGUGUGCGAUGAGCACGGGAUCGACCCUACUGGAAGGUACAUUGGAAACACCGAUCUCCAGCUCGAGCGUGUCAAUGUUUACUACAAUGAGGCGUCGUGUGGGAGGUUUGUACCCAGGGCCGUGCUUAUGGAUCUUGAGCCUGGCACCAUGGACAGUGUGCGCACUGGCCCCUAUGGCCAAAUCUUCAGGCCAGACAACUUCGUCUUUGGUCAGUCUGGAGCUGGGAACAACUGGGCCAAAGGCCAUUACACGGAGGGUGCUGAGCUUAUUGACUCAGUUCUUGAUGUUGUGAGGAAAGAGGCAGAGAACUGUGACUGCCUCCAAGGUUUCCAAGUGUGUCACUCACUUGGUGGGGGCACUGGAUCUGGAAUGGGAACACUUUUGAUCUCAAAGAUCAGGGAGGAGUAUCCUGAUAGGAUGAUGCUCACUUUCUCUGUGUUCCCAUCCCCCAAGGUCUCAGACACUGUGGUGGAACCCUAUAAUGCCACUCUCUCUGUUCAUCAGUUGGUGGAGAAUGCAGAUGAGUGCAUGGUGCUGGACAAUGAGGCCCUCUAUGAUAUCUGCUUCCGCACUCUCAAGCUAACCACUCCUAGCUUUGGAGAUUUGAACCACUUGAUCUCUGCAACAAUGAGCGGUGUCACAUGCUGCCUCCGGUUCCCUGGCCAGCUGAACUCCGACCUCCGGAAGCUGGCAGUGAACCUAAUCCCCUUCCCUCGUCUCCAUUUCUUCAUGGUUGGAUUCGCCCCUCUCACAUCCCGUGGGUCUCAGCAGUACCGUGCCCUGACUGUCCCUGAGCUGACCCAACAAAUGUGGGAUUCCAAGAACAUGAUGUGUGCUGCCGAUCCCCGCCAUGGCCGCUACCUCACCGCCUCUGCCAUGUUCCGUGGCAAGAUGAGCACCAAAGAGGUUGAUGAGCAGAUGAUCAAUGUCCAGAACAAGAACUCUUCCUACUUUGUUGAGUGGAUCCCCAACAAUGUCAAGUCCAGCGUCUGUGACAUCCCACCCCGGGGACUUUCAAUGGCCUCAACCUUCAUUGGUAACUCCACAUCCAUUCAGGAGAUGUUCCGGAGGGUGAGCGAGCAGUUCACAGCUAUGUUCAGGAGAAAGGCUUUCUUGCAUUGGUACACUGGAGAGGGCAUGGACGAGAUGGAGUUCACUGAGGCCGAAAGCAACAUGAAUGAUCUCGUCUCCGAGUAUCAGCAGUACCAGGAUGCUACUGCCGAAGAUGAUGCUGAAUACGAAGAAGAAGAGGAAGCGCCGGAGGAGAUUUAAAACGGGAAUAGUUUAUAUAUAAAUCCCCCUGUUUUGCCUGAUCUGCUAUGUCUUGUUCCUACUGUCUGAAGAUGAGUAUGUUGCUUUUUCCUAUUGAUAUUUGGCUCCAGAUAUAUGUACUGCUUUUUUAGUAUCGUUUGUUAUAUGUUCCAGACUUUUCAUUAGUGUGAUACCUUUGCGUUUCUGAA